CGACCCUGCUGUCUCUAGUGUCGCUGUCGCGUCGCUGGCUUGCUGAGUGUUAGCAAUAUGGCGGAUGCUGCGGCGAGGCAACUUCAAUACGAAUAUAAAGCUAAUUCGAAUCUUGUGUUACAAGCUGAUGUUCGUCUGAUUGAAAGAAGAAGUCGAGAUGAGGCUACUGGUGAAGUUGUUUCCCUUGUUGGAAAAUUGUCAGGAACAAAAAUGGGAGACAGAGCUCAGAGGACUCGACCCGGCAAAGCUGAAGAACGAAAAGUUAAGAGGCAAAAACGUGACGAAGCACAAUACGAUUUUGCCCGGAUGAAGGGAGCCACAUUACUCUCAGAGGGUGUAGAUGAAAUGGUAGGAAUAAUAUAUCGACCUAAAACACAAGAGACUAGACAAACUUAUGAAGUUCUUCUGAGUUUUUUACAAGAAGCGUUGGGGGAUCAACCAAGAGAUAUUCUUUGUGGUGCAGCAGAUGAAGUUUUAACAGUAUUAAAGAACGACAGGUUGAAGGAGAAAGAAAAGAAAAAGGAAACUGAAAUGUUAUUAGGCCCGAUUGCUGAGGAGAGAUUUGCCUUACUUGUUAAUUUGGGUAAAAAAAUUACUGACUUUGGAAAUGAAGAUAACAAAAUAUCUAUGAAUGAAGAAAACAUUGAUGAAACUUAUGGAAUUAAUGUUCAGUUUGAAGAAUCAGAAGAGGAAGAUGAUGAGGACAUGUAUGGAGAAGUUCGUGAGGAUAUAGAUGAUGAAGAAGGAGAAGAAGCUAAAGAGGAUAGUGCUAUACAUGCUGAGAAUUUGGGUGGUGUUGAAGAAAUGAAAAAGGAGAAAGCGCUUCAUCCCCUUGACAUAGACGCUUAUUGGUUGCAAAGACGUCUUUCAAAAAUUUAUGACGAUGCAAUGGUGUCCCAGGCAAAGGCGACAGAAGUUUUAAAUGUUCUUCGUGAUGCUGGAGAUGAUCGAGAGUGCGAAAACCAACUUGUUUUGCUACUUGGUUAUGAUUGCUUUGACUUUAUUAAACAAUUGAAAAAACAUAGGCAGAUGAUAUUAUAUUGCACAUUAUUAGCCAAAUCACAAAGUGAAUCGGAAAGGCAGAAAAUUAAAGAUAAAAUGUCUGAAGACCCAAGUCUUACACGCAUUUUACGGCUUCUGGAGACGGGAAAGGGGGAUGACGAUGGUGAAGACGAAGAAUCAACAUCAAGAUCGUCAAGACGAAAGGAUCAGUCUGACGAGAUGGACACAGGCACUGGCGCGCAGGUUGCUGGAUCGAGACAUCUGCUUGACCUAGAGGAUUUAGUGUUUACACAAGGAUCGCAUUAUAUGGCAAAUAAACGGUGCCAGUUACCUGAUGGUUCCUUCAGAAAGCAAAGGAAAGGCUACGAAGAGGUGCACGUUCCUGCUUUAAAACCCAAGCCGUUUGGAGAUAACGAAAAGUUACAAUCAGUUGAUCAACUACCAAAAUACGUUCAGCCUGUUUUUGAAGGGUUCAAAACACUAAAUCGUAUUCAGAGUCGCUUAUAUAAAACUGCUCUGGAAUCAGAUGAGAAUUUGCUUCUUUGUGCACCUACAGGUGCAGGUAAAACUAAUGUAGCAUUACUGUGUAUGAUGCGUGAAAUAGGAAAACAUAUCAAUACGGAUGGUACGAUUAAUGCCGACGAUUUUAAGAUAAUAUACGUUGCACCUAUGCGUUCUCUUGUACAAGAAAUGGUGGGUAACUUUGGAAAAAGAUUAGCGAGUUACAAUAUUACUGUAUCGGAAUUGACUGGUGAUCAUCAAUUAACUAGAGAACAGAUUGCUGGGACACAAAUAAUUGUGUGCACACCUGAAAAAUGGGAUAUUAUAACACGAAAAGGAGGAGAAAAGACGUUCACUUCGUUAGUAAGACUGAUUAUUAUCGAUGAAAUUCAUUUGUUACAUGACGAGCGAGGUCCAGUGUUGGAAGCUUUGGUUGCAAGAACAAUUCGCAUGAUUGAAUCGACUCAAGAAGAUGUCCGUCUUGUCGGCCUCUCGGCUACUUUACCAAACUAUCAAGAUGUUGCCGCUUUUCUUCGAGUUAAAGCAGAUACUGGUCUUUUUUAUUUUGAUAACAGUUUUCGACCAGUUGCUUUGGAACAACAAUAUAUUGGAGUAACUGAAAAAAAGGCUUUAAAACGGUACCAAGUAAUGAAUGAGAUUGUUUAUGAAAAAACAAUGGAACAUGCUGGACGAAAUCAAGUCUUAAUUUUCGUACAUUCGAGAAAAGAAACGGGAAAAACAGCUCGAGCUAUUCGUGAUAUGUGUCUUGAAAAAGAUACCUUAGGACAGUUUCUAAAAGAGGGAUCGGCUUCAAUGGAAGUUUUGCGAACUGAAGCUGAACAAGUGAAAAAUCAUGAACUGAAGGAUUUGUUACCUUACGGGUUUGCGAUACAUCAUGCCGGAAUGACAAGGGUUGACAGAACACUAGUGGAAGAUCUGUUUGCAGAUAGGCAUAUACAGGUACUGGUGUCAACUGCAACUCUUGCUUGGGGCGUAAACUUGCCAGCUCACACUGUCAUAAUAAAAGGUACACAGAUUUAUAAUCCAGAGAAAGGCAGAUGGGUUGAACUGGGAGCUUUGGAUGUUCUUCAAAUGUUAGGUCGUGCUGGUCGCCCUCAAUAUGAUACCAGAGGUGAAGGAAUAUUAAUCACCAAUCACAGCGAAUUGCAGUACUAUUUAUCUCUUCUGAAUCAACAGUUACCCAUCGAAUCUCAAAUGAUAUCGAAAUUGUCGGACAUGUUAAAUGCUGAGGUAGUUUUGGGUACAGUACAAAAUGUAAGAGAUGCGGUUACGUGGUUAGGUUAUACGUAUUUGUACAUCCGAAUGCUUAGACAACCAACUUUGUACGGUGUUUCGCACGACCAUUUUAAACAAGAUCCGUUGUUAGAACAACAUCGAGCUGACUUGAUACAUACAGCUGCCUUGUAUCUGGAUCGUAGUGGAUUAGUUAAAUACGACAGGAAAACUGGUCAGUUUCAAGUGACCGAAUUGGGAAGGAUUUCCUCACACUAUUAUUGUACCCACGAGACUAUGCAAACUUAUAAUCAGCUUUUGAAACCAAUGUUAAGCGAGAUCGAACUCUUUCGUGUUUUUUCGUUGUCAUCAGAAUUCAGAAAUAUUACUGUACGCGAAGAAGAGAAAUUGGAAUUGCAAAAACUAAUGGAACGUGUUCCUAUUCCUAUUAAAGAAAGCAUAGAAGAACCAAGUGCUAAAGUUAACGUACUUUUGCAAGCUUUUAUUUCUCAGCUGAAAUUGGAAGGUUUUGCACUAAUGUCAGAUAUGGUUUACGUUACCCAAUCGGCAUCGAGAUUAAUGCGAGCUAUUUUUGAAAUUGUACUUCACAGAGGAUGGGCUCAGUUGGCUGAUAAGUCUUUAGCUUUGUGUAAAAUGAUUGAUAAACGAAUGUGGCAGUCGAUGUCUCCUCUGCGGCAGUUUCGCAAAAUGCCUGAAGAGAUUGUGAAGAAAAUCGAAAAGAAGAAUUUUCCGUGGGAACGUCUCUAUGAUUUAGGACCUAAUGAAAUUGGUGAAUUAAUUCGAGUCCCAAAAUUGGGCAAAACUAUUCAUAAAUACGUACAUCAGUUUCCUAAACUGGAACUUUCAACACACAUACAACCAAUUACUCGGUCCAUGUUGAAAGUUGAAUUGACAAUAACGCCCGAUUUCCAGUGGGACGAAAAAUUACACGGUGCUUCUGAAGCAUUCUGGAUCUUAGUAGAAGAUGUAGAUUCAGAGGUUAUUCUUCAUCAUGAAUAUUUUCUUUUGAAAGCGAAAUAUUCUCAAGAUGAACAUUUGGUUAAAUUUUUUGUACCUAUUUUCGAACCUUUGCCGCCUCAGUACUUUUUAAGAAUAGUAUCUGAUAGAUGGAUCGGUGCCGAAACACAGUUACCAGUUUCUUUUCGACAUUUAAUAUUACCUGAGAAGAACUUUCCACCAACCGAGUUGCUGGAUCUACAACCUUUGCCAGUUACCGCCCUUAGAAAUGACAAGUACGAAUCAUUGUACAGUGAUAAAUUUCCUCAGUUCAAUCCCAUUCAGACACAAGUUUUCAAUUCAGUAUACAACGGCGACGAUAAUAUUUUCAUUGGUGCUCCAACAGGUUCGGGAAAAACAACUAUAGCUGAAUUUGCUAUACUACGUUUGUUUGAUAAAAAUCCAGAAGGACGUUGUGUGUAUUUGGUUCCAAAGGAUGCACUCGCUGAAUUAACUUUCGCGGAUUGGCAUAACAAAUUUGGCCAAAUAUUGGGAAAGAAAGUUGUAUUGUUGACUGGGGAAACUGGGACCGAUUUAAAAUUAUUGGCAAAAGGUCAAAUUGUCAUAAGUACGGCCGAAAAGUGGGAUGUUUUGUCACGAAGAUGGAAACAAAGGAAAAAUGUGCAAAAUGUCAAUUUGUUUAUCGUCGAUGAACUUCAUUUGAUUGGCGGGGAAGACGGGCCUGUUAUCGAAGUUGUUUGUUCACGAAUGAGAUAUAUUUCGUCACAGAUUGAGAAGCCUAUAAGAAUUAUAGCAUUAAGUGCAUCACUCAUGGAUUACAGAGAUGUAUCUCAAUGGUUGGGUUGUAACGCGAAUGCUACAUUUAAUUUUCAUCCAAGUGUGAGACCUGUUCCUUUGGAAUUACAUGUUCAAGGCAUUAAUAUAACACACAAUGCAUCAAGAUUAAUUGCGAUGGCUAAACCGGUUUAUAAUGCGGUAGUGAGAUACAGUCCUCAUAAACCGGUUAUUGUUUUUGUACCUACAAGAAAACAAUCCCGGUUAACAGCUAUUGAUUUACUUACAUAUGCUGCUUCGGAGGGACAAUCCAAUAAAUUUUUCCAUGCAGAAGAAGAAGAUAUAAAACCGUUCUUGGAUCGUAUGACUGAUAAAACUUUGAAAGAAACCCUUUCUCAAGGAGUUGCAUACAUGCAUGAAGGUUUGACUGCAAGUGAUUUACGCUUGGUUGAACAGUUGUUUGACUCGGGGGCGGUACAAAUUGCUGUCGUUAGCAAAGAUUUAUGUUGGACCGUGAACAUUUACUCUUAUUUAGUUAUCAUAAUGGACACUCAGUUUUACAAUGGAAAAAUCCAUUCUUACGAAGACUAUCCCAUUACCGAUGUGUUACAAAUGGUAGGACGAGCGAAUCGCCCUUUGGAAGAUGACGAUGCGAAAUGUGUACUAAUGUGUCAAAGUACGAAGAAAGACUUUUUCAAAAAAUUCUUAAGCGAACCGUUACCGGUUGAAAGUCAUUUGGAUCAUAGACUACACGACCAUUUUAAUGCCGAAAUCGUAACAAAAACUAUUGAAAAUAAACAAGACGCUGUUGAUUAUUUGACUUGGACAUUUUUGUAUAGAAGACUUACACAAAAUCCAAACUAUUACAACUUGCAAGGAGUUACACACAGACAUCUCUCUGAUCAUUUAUCAGAGUUAGUGGAAAAUACUUUGUCCGAUUUGGAACAAUCAAAAUGUAUCAGCAUAGAGGAGGACAUGGAUUGUGUUCCUCUAAAUUUGGGAAUGAUUGCGGCAUAUUACUACAUUAAUUACACAACUAUUGAACUAUUCAGCUUGUCACUGAACAGCAAGACCAAGAUUCGUGGUUUAUUAGAAAUCAUAUCAUCAGCGGCCGAAUAUGAAGAUCUUUCUGUACGUCACCACGAAGAUAAUAUUCUUCGUCAAUUGGCGACAAAAUUACCAAAUAAACUGACAUCUUCAAGUGGAAGCCAACCGAAAUUUAACGAUCCACACGUCAAAACAAAUCUUCUCAUUCAAGCACAUCUGUGUAGACUUCAGCUAGGUGCGGAACUUCAAGGAGAUACGGAGAUUGUAUUAAGCAAAGCUAUUCGACUUAUCCAAGCUUGCGUUGACGUACUUAGUUCUAAUGGAUGGCUUUCGCCAGCUGUAGCGGCUAUGGAAUUAGCUCAAAUGGUUACACAAGCAAUGUGGAGUAAAGAUUCUUAUCUGAAGCAGUUACCUCACUUUACAGCAGAUAUUAUUAAACGAUGUACGGAUAAGGGUGUGGAAACUGUGUUUGAUAUAAUGGAAUUGGAAGAUGAGGACAGGUCUAAAUUGUUACAGUUGAGCGAUAGUCAAAUGGCUGAUGUGGCCAGAUUUUGUAAUAGAUAUCCAAACAUUGAACUAAGCUAUGAAGUUUUGGAUAAAGAUAACAUACAUUCCGGGUCUUCGGUGCACGUAGCCGUGCAGCUUGAAAGGGAAGAUGAAGUGAACGGUCCUGUCAUUGCGCCCUUUUUCCCACAGAAACGAGAAGAAGGAUGGUGGGUCGUUAUUGGUGAUCCAAAAACGAAUUCCUUGCUUUCAAUUAAACGGCUUACUCUUCAGCAAAGAGCUCGAGUAAAGUUGGAUUUUGUUGCACCUAGUCCAGGUCAUCAUAAUUACACGUUGUAUUUUAUGAGUGAUGCAUAUUUGGGUUGCGAUCAAGAAUACAAAUUUUCAAUAGACGUUGGGGAUUUUGAAAGUAGUGAAAGUGAGUCAGAAUGAAGAUAAAGUAUUUAGUUGUAAGCAUGUAAACUUAUUUUGUUAUUUGAGAGUCGUACAAUAAAAAGUAUGUUGUACUGAAAUUUUAUGAAAAUACAGGUUUUAAUUGUU